UAGAAUCUCAGCUAUUGGUUGGGAUGCUGCUUUCCUGUUAAAAAUAUUUGAAGCUGGUUGAAAAUUAAUCAUUGAGCCAGCUAUGCCUAAGCCUUAGUGACAAGUAAUGGAACCUUCCUACUUUAUUCUUUUCUGAUCAUUCCUAUUAGCUGGGAUUUAGAAUGAAGAUUUGCACGGACAUCCAAAUCUAUCAGGCACAAAGGGUCAUUUCUCUGUAAUAGAGACUUUGAGUACUCCACUGGACACCUAGCUUGAAACCCUGUCAUCAGAGUUCAUGCUGUUCUGCAAAGGUUUCUUUGUGGCUUUGGAGCCUGUCCUGGAACUCACUCCAUAGACUAGGCUGGCCUUGAACUCACAGAGAUCCACCUGUCUCUACCUCCCAAGUGCUGGGAUUAAGGGUGGAUGUGUAUGCUCCAAUUUUAAAAAAAUGAGUUUAACUAGUGAUGUAUUAAGAGUUGAAACCUGGCUUUUGGCAACAUGGCAUGUUAAAGUGCCUCUAAUGUGGCUGGAAGCUUGUGUUAAUUGGAUCCAAGAAGAAAAUAAUAAUGUUAAUUUGAGCCAAGCACAAAUAAACAAACAGGUGUUGGAGCAAUGGCUUCUUACUGACCUGAGAGACUUAGAAUAUCCUCUCUUACCUGAUAACAUUUUAGAAAUUCCAAAGGGAGAACUGAAUGGAUUUUAUGCUCUACAGAUCAAUUCUUUGGUUGAUGUAAGUCAGCCUGCGUAUUCGCAGAUACAAAAGCUGAGAGGAAAGAAUAUAACCAAUGAUCUAGUUUCAGCUGAAACACAGAUUGCUCCAAAACCAUGGGAAGCAAGGCCUUCCCGGAUGCUGAUGCUGCAGCUCACGGAUGGUGUCACUCAAAUUCAAGGGAUGGAGUAUCAGUCUAUUCCAGCUCUCCAUGGUGGUCUUCCUCCAGGUACAAAAGUUUUGGUUCAUGGACGCAUUUCAUUCCGUCUUGGUGUUCUCUUGUUGAAACCAGAAAAUGUGAAUGUGUUAGGGGGUGAGGUAGAUGGUCUUUCAGAAGAAUAUGCUCAAGAGAAAGUACUUGCAAGAUUAAUUGGUGAACUUGAUCCUACAGUUUCAGUUGUACCAAGUAAUUCUGAUCACAGUUUGCCCAGAGUUUCAGGGGGGUUGGAUGCUGUUUCAGGACCUUCAGAUGAAGAACUCUUGGCAAGUCUCUAUGAAAGUGAAGAGCCUGCAGCAAGCAAUGAUACAUCACCCACGGAAGGAAGCUGUUUCAGCACAGGCAGCUCCUCAACUCCCACUCCCACAAUUCAGUCUAGUUUUGAGCCCGGAUGUAAUAUUUCUUCAAAGCACAAAGAGAAGCCAAAUCAAUCUGUGCAUUUCACUAGUGGAGAGUUUGAUGACUUCUCACUGGAAGAGGCCUUGCUUUUAGAGGAAACUGUCCAGAAAGAACAGAUGGAAACAAAAGCAUUACAACCAUUAACUUUGAAGAAAAACACAGAUAAAUGUGAAGAGAUAUUUUCACAUAAACCUAAUACUCUGAACCACACUCCUUUGAUUAAUAAACAAGGAAACAGCAAUUGCAAUGAAAAAAAAUUAUCUGAACAAAUAGUUCACAAAGACAAAUUUUUUAGCUGUCCAUCUGCGAGAGACCAUAAGACACUCUUAGCCCAUGAUUUUACAGAUGACAGUAAGACUUUGGAAGUCAGUAAUACAACAGAGCAAAACAUUGACAGUUCAGAUGAACAUUGCUCCAGUAAUAAAAUGUUAAACAGAAAACUAGGAACCUGUCUAUCAGAAAAGAGUUCAGAGGUUUCUAAUGAAAAUGGCUCCCCUUUACAGGCUCGGUCUUCAAGAUCAAUUGAGAAUAAUACUGAUCUCUCUACUGACAUGGACUUACAUUCUCCACCCUUUAUCUAUUUGUCUGUUCUAAUGGCCAGGAAGCCAAAGGAAGUCACCACUGUGACAGUCAAAGCAUUUAUUGUCACUUUGACUGGGAAUCUCUCAAGCUCCGGUGGCUGCUGGUGUGUAACUGCAAAGGUUUCUGAUGGCACCGCCUAUCUAGAUGUGGACUUUAUAGAUGAAAUACUUACCAGUAUGAUAGGCUUUUCAGUACCAGAAAUGAAACAAUUAAAAAAAGACCCUCUUAAAUAUCAAAACUUCCUAAAAGGGUUACAAAAAUGUCAGCGAGAUCUGAUAGAUUUGUGUUGCCUGAUGACUAUUUCAUUUGACCCUUCUUCACACAAAGCCUUGGUACUUGGAUUACAAGAUGUUGGUGUGGAGCACCUUGAGAACCUAAAGAAGCGGCUGCAUAAAUAAUUUGACAAAAUACUAUUGGAGUACACUUUAAAACAUGCAAGUAUUUGUUCGUAUUAUUUUUGAAACUCUGUAAAGGAAGGAAAAGCUUUUGAGCUUAAAAAUGGGUGAGAUGGCUGAGUGGUUAAACAGGCUUCUGCCAAGUCUGAGGACCUGAGUUUGAUCCCUUGGUCCCUUGUGGCUAAAGGAGAGAAACAACUCCCAAAAUCUGUUGUCUGUCCUUCACACAUGCAGCAUAGAGCUCGUGCACACAUAAAAACACAUAUACACUAAAUGACAUUUAAAAAUAAAGAUAUCUAAUCAAAAUGCAUGUGAAGGGUAUUUUUGUUUGAUUUGAUAAUGAUGGGUCAGGACCUUGUAAUGCAAGCAAGCCUCUAUCAUGAAGCCUAAUCUCUAGACCCUUAAAUCUACAUUCCCAGGCUGGCCUCAAGCUCUCUUGUACAGCUGAGAGUGAUCUUGAGUUUCUGAUCUUUGUCUCUGUCUCCCAAGUGCCUGGAUUAGGGUUCUUCGGUUUCAGUUGGUGCACUAGUUUAAACCAUGACUGUGUGUGCUAGACCAAUGCUCUACUGACUGAGCUAAUCCCCAGUCACCCAUGUUGAAGAACUUUGCUGACUCAUUCUUGCUGAGAAACUGGCUUUCUACUUGUUGAAUAUGAGAUAAUGGGUAAAGAACUGUGAUGGGCUGACAAAAUAGCUUGGUGGUAAAGGCUGUUCCUGCUGAGCCUAAUGACCUGAUUCUUCUCUUGGUCCUACAUGGUGAAAGAACUGUCUCCCACAAGAUGUCCUCUGAUUUCCACAUGCGACCCCCCCAUGCAAUGCACAAGGAAUUAAAAUGUUCCCCAAUGAGAUACAUU